UAUAAAUAAACAUAAAACUAAGGCCAGAAUUAUCAUAAGAGACUAUAGAAAAAGUUUUAAAUAGUGAUGUCUAAAAAUUAAAACAAAUGUUAAAUUAAAAAGAAGUCUAUAGUGUUGAUCUAGUAAAUAUAUUCACCUAAAGAUGCUAAAAAAUAGGAUUAGAACUAAACAUGAUAACUGAACUUACAUAUAAAGAAGCUAUAAAAUAAGCUUAAGAAUGUGAUGAAAUUAGGAAGAAAAAUCCUGAAAAAUGUACUGGAAUAUUAUUUGGCAUUCCUAUUUCAAUUAAAGACAUAUUUCUAUAAAAAGAUUAUGUCUCUUAUAUAGGUUUAGCUAGUAAAAUUAAUACUAAACCUUCUGAAAUUGAUGGAUUUAAUAUAUAUUUAUUAAAAUAAUAAGGAGCUAUUCCUUUUGUGAGAAGUAAUGUCCCUUAAUGUGCUUUAACUAUAGAAUCAAUAAACCAUAUUUUCGGAAGAACAUUAAAUCCAUGGGAUUAAUCUAAAGCCGCAGGUGGUUCCUCAGGAGGAGAAGGUGCUCUAGUUUCUUCUAGAUGCUCUCCUUUAGGAUUCGGUUCUGAUUUGUCAGGUUCUAUUAGAAUUCCAGCAGCAUUUUGUGGUGUUUAUGGAUUUAAACCAACGGCUUAAAGAGGAAUUACUAAUGGACAUUGUUAUUAUACUGAAGUAUUUAAUGGAUUAUUAUCAUUAUAAGUAUCUUGUGGUCCUAUAGGAAAAUCAGUAGAAGAUUUAACUUUAUUUUUUAGGUGUUUUUGUGAUAAAAAACAACACGAAGAAGCUGAAUUAGACUACAGAAAUCAGUAUUUAAUCGUAAAAGAAUUCGAUGAGAAAUUAUACACUACAAAACAAAAACUAAAAGUCGGUUAUUUUAAGACAUUAUCUCAUUUCGAUGCUACUUUAGCUAAUUAACGUGCAGUAGAAAUAACAAUUGAUAAACUAAAAGAAUUAGGACAUGAAGUAGUAGAGAUAAAGAUUCCUUCUUAGAAUGAAAUAGAGGAAGUAUUUUUUAAAAUUGUGUUUAGUGAUGGUUUUUCAACAGCAAGAUAAAUGACAGAUGGAGAGUAAUUUAUUCAGGAAUAUAAAGCAUUAGAUACUAUUACGAAAAUGAAUUAUUUAAUUAAAUCUAUAUUGAUUAGCAUUAAUAGGCUUUUAGGAGAAAAGAGGGUAAGUAAUGUUCUCUAAUAUAUAUAAUAAAUUAGUGCUAUUGAAUAAUAAAAAUAGGUAGAUAAACUAUUAAAAAUUAAAUAAUAAUUCAUCACUUUAUUUAAAAAAUAUAAUAUUUAAGCCGUAGUUUGUCCUUCUUUAGGUACACCAGCUUUAAAACAUGGUAAAAACUCAGAAAACUUCUUAACUUCUAUUUAUACAUAUAUUUGGAAUUUCGUAGAUUUCCCAGCUGGAAUUAUACCUGUUACAAAGGUUUUAGAAAAUGAAUAACAUUAUAAAAAUAGUAGAAUUAAUGAUUCUAUAUCUAAAGAUAUAGAUUAGAAUAUGAAAAAUACUAAAGGAAUGCCAGUUGGAGUACAGGUUGUUGGCUUACCUAAUAUGGAUGAACUAGUGCUUAAUUUAAUGAAGUAAAUAGAUGAAAAAAUAGGAUUUUAUAAACAGAAUGAAUACCCAUUAUGA